AUGCACAUUAUCCAGGAAUUUCUUGCCAAAAUUCUCUCACUACUUGCUGAGCCAAUUCCAUUGGUGGAGGGCCAAUGGCUCAAUAUCACAUUUGAUGUGCCAAUUUUAGUGGAUAUAAAUGCUCCAUUGACGCCAACACUACAGUUUAUUUAUGCAUCUGAAAGUAUUUUGAUUUGUGUUGGAAUGUUUCUAAUGGUUUAUUUCAAUUAUUUUGUGAAAAGUUUCCAAAUUGUACAUUUGAAUUUACAAUAUCUAUUUUUGCUCUUCACGACUUUAUAUAUUUUUGGAAGUCUGGCCAGAUUCUACAUGAUUUUGGUUCAAUUAAAGUUUGUCACAGAUCUCGACACGCCGUAUCUCCUCGUAGCGGGAAUAUUGAGAAUGGAACAUUAUGGAGUUAGUUUAAGUGCAAUUUUAGUAGUAACUAUUGAACGAGCAUUUGCAACUUAUUAUGUGGUCGAUUAUGAAACGAAGCACAGAUGUUGGGUUGCUGCAUUUUGUGCUUUGGUCAGCCUAACCUAUACUCAAUGUUUUGUGAUUCCCAUUUGUUUCUUUGAAGCUUCUUUGUUGUAUAUUAUUCUAUUCGCAUCACUAUGGGCAGUUUUCUCAAACAUUGUUUUAAUGUGCCUUUACUAUUAUAAUGUACAAGAAUCCAAGAGAUUAUCAUGGAAAGCUGAGAAUCUUCGGAAAAUGAAAAAUGUAAAUUAUACAUUGAGCAAGAAGUUUCAAGUUGAAGAAAAUGUGAAAAUUAUUAAAUAUCUGCAAGUUAUGAGCUCCAUGUUGGUUUUUCUCAUAUUUUUUGUUAUUAUAUUUAUUGUAGUUCCUAGAGUAUAUCUGGGUUCAAAAACAUAUUCGGGUCAAGUUAUGAUUUCACUUUUUGAUAUUAAUUUGGCACUUGGUGCAAUUCUAAUUCCUUCCGUUUGCGUUUUACAUUUACGGAAAACUAGAGAUAUGCCAUUUUCUGGGAAAAUCCAUUGUUUGAAUAAGAGACGCGAUGACCGUCAGGUGAACCCGAUUACUGUAUUUGAAGACGUUACAAAAUCAUAUUUCGAUCAAUUUCAAACAUCUUGGCGAUGA